AUGCCACUUAUAACCUGUCAGCAACGGUUCUCGGCGGCCAAUGCCUAUUGCGAAUACACAACCAUGAGGGAGAAUCAGACGGUAAUGGGGAAAGAGCUCUUUACCUUUGCCAAGGGCUACGCAUCUUUCCAUGGCUAUGUCAGCAUAUGUGUUUGUGUGUUUGGAAUUGUCACAAACAUUUUCAACAUAUCGGUCCUGACAAGAAGGCACAUGCGCACUCCGGUAAAUCAGAUCUUGACGUGGUUAGCAGUUUCAGAUAUAAGUACGAUGAUAUCCUACGUUCCGUUUGCAUUCCAUUUUUAUUGUAUCCAUCCAUCUGGAAGUAAAUCGGCUGCAAAGAAUAGCAAAGCCUGGAUGACGUUUAUGAUAUUCCAUAUAAAUUUAACAGCCACCACCCACACAGUGUCGAUAUGGAUGUGUGUAUUAUUGGCUAUUGUGAGGUAUCUCCAUAUUAGGUCACCAACAAAAGCAAAUGCAGCACGGCUCAAGAGGAUUAACCAAUCAAAUGUGAUGAUUUUAAUUGCUUACAUUGCUAGUGCUAUCAUCCUAAUACCUAAUUACAUGAGCAACGAACUUCUACAGGAUACGCUACCGAAUGAAAAUGAGACGAUAUAUGUUCUAAGAGAUUUGAAACUUGGCAAAAAUGAUACCGAAAUCCUUGUCCUAGUGAAUGUUUGGAUGUAUGCCUUCACAGCAAAGCUAAUUCCUUGUCUAUUAAUGUCUAUUUUUGGUUCCCUGCUUAUCUAUAACAUUCAUGUAAAACUUAAACAACGAAGAAAAGUUCUCCAAAUAUCUGGUGCCAGUUCUCUACGUCUUUCCGAACAUUCCAGAACCACUAAGAUGUUAGUGGCAGUGAUUGUAUUGUUCCUAGUUACAGAACUUCCCCAGGGAGUUCUAAUAGUUUGUAGCGCAUGCGUAGAAAAUUUCUUUGACACAGUUUAUAUUCCCUUGGGUGACGUCAUGGAUAUUGUUGCACUUGUAAAUAACGCAGUUAAUUUUAUAUUGUAUUGUUCGAUGAGUACAAAGUUCCGAGAGACUUUUGUCCAUUUAUAUUGUUGUUCAUGUCAUCUGGUGCGAAAACCGCGAGAGAAUGGAUACACUCUCACCGACAGGAUGGCGAAAUUAGAUUCUCAUAGCAGUAAUAAUAACGACCAUAUUCAUCAUCACCACCAUCACCAUAACAACGUAUAA